UGUAAUACAUUUGUUGUGGGUUGUUCCAUGUGUUUAAUUGAUCUGUUGUAUUCCAGGGAACAGUAAGGAAGAGGAGGAGGCCAUGAUGCAGGAGUGGUUCAUGUUGGUCAACAAGAAGAACGCUCUGAUCAGGAGACAGAACCAACUCUCUCUACUGGAGAAGGAGCACGAUCUGGAGCGACGCUUUGAGCUGCUCAACAGAGAGCUGAGAGCCAUGAUGGCCAUCGAGGACUGGCAGAAGACAGAGGCUCAGAAGAGAAGAGAGCAGCUGCUGCUGGAUGAACUGGUCAUACUGGUCAACAAACGAGACGCGCUGGUCAGAGACCUCGAUGCACAGGAGAAACAGGCGGAGGAGGAAGAUGAACACCUGGAAAGAACCCUAGAGCAGAACAAAGGCAAGAUGGCCAAGAAGGAAGAGAAGUGUGUCCUUCAAUGAUUGUCAUUUCAUUUCACACACACACACACACACACACAUAUAUAUAGUCUUCGUCCCAAAUGACACCCUAUAUGUCCUAUAUAUUACUUUGACCAGGGCAACAUAGUGCACUAUAUAGGGAAUAGAGUGCCUUUUGGGACACAGAUACAGACUAUAAUAUUUGUUUGAUCGAUACAAGAAUUGUAUUAUUAUUAUAUUGACUAUUAUUAUUGUAAUUAUUAAUAUACCAUUAUAUUGACAUAUUGUUUUAAUAUACCAUUUCUUGACAUUAUUAUAAUUAUAAUAAUUAUUAUAUUGACAUAUUGUUAUUAAUAUACCAUUAUAUUGACAUUAUUAUAAUUAUUAUUAUUAUUAUAUUGACUAUUUGAGAAACCUGUAUUUUAAGUUUAUUUGAACCCUGAAAUGUAAAUCAUGUUGUUGUUUUUUGGUCAAGGGCUGUGAUGGUUUUACUGCUAAACUAAAAGCAUCCUACAUGCAACCCUAUCCCAUAUAAAGGGCUUUUGACCAGAGCCCCUCACUAUAUAGGAACCAGGGAGCCAUGUGGGUGGGAGGUGUAAAGCCUCUGUAAGGAUGAGAACAUGAUGUCUUGAACCAGCUUUAUACUGACAUGGAAAUGUGUCCUGCUUAUACAACACACUAGAUUGUUUUUAUUGUGUUGUUGUUGCUUUAUCAAGCAAGGUACUUGUAUUUUAAUAUACAUAUAAAUGAUGGCAUAUUACAGCCCAGUGAAAACCUACCACGGGAGGGAUUGCAUUUCAUUCAGACACACACAGCCUUCUCUUGGCAGAAUGUUUCAAUGUUGAGGAGCUUGGAGACAGAGAUUCCUUUAUAGUGGUUCUGAGGUACAGCGCGAGUUGUUUUAUUGGGGACGUUGGUGAUGAUAGCCAAUGAUAUUAUACUGAUGUCUAUUGUUUCAGUUGGACUUUAAAAACAAACAAAAAAAAAGAGUAUAAUUCACGAUAUCAGUAUUUUCAAGCUAUGUUUAUUACUUGACUGUGUGUAAUGUUUUUAACGGUAAUAUUUCAAGAUGCAGUUCAUAAAGCGAAAAACUGUUAUGAUUUUUUUUUUUGUUCGCUUGAAUGCGGUUAACCAAACAUUUCAGAAGAAGAGCUGGCUCGGUGAUAAGGAGGGGGGUGAGGGGGAGGGGCGGAGGAAGAGUAGAGGGGUAAGGAGCAGAGCUGAGGCGGGGGUCGUGUCCAACAUUUUGUAUAUUUCAUCACCGCUCUGACAACGGCAUACAAAAAACUUUUUUUUCCUGGAUCAAUUCCGCAAGCAGUUGAAAGCAAAGAAAGCAGAAUAACUUUUAUUUAAUUGCCGUUUUUAUCACGACACAACCAUGUCAUAUUCUUGCAUUUCUUGCUUUUUAAUCAAAAGGGCGUUUUGUUUAUAUUUAUUAUACACAUACUGAAGAAGAUCAUGUGUUGCUUUUAUUUGUGCUUCGAUCUCCUGGUUCCAUCAAUAGAAAUGUAAUUAUCAGAAAGGGCAUAUAGCCCCUCAGAUCAUUCUAGUAGUUAUAUUUCUAUCGGUUCCACGACAUCCGAAUGCAGCUGCUGUCUGAAACGUGUGAACAUUUCCCUGUGUGAUUAUUUAUUCCACUGUCAUAACACAAGUCUUCAAUAAAGUCCGAAACUUUCAUACUCCA